AUGGACCACUAUGACUUGCAAGCACAGAGAAGGGAGAUGAAGCAUAAAGGAAGAAAUGUUGUUUGGUCUAUUGCUAUGGACAAGUGCCUUAUUGAAGCUCUUGCUAUUCAGGCUAGAAAUGGAAAUAAAAUAGAUAAAUGUUUUAAUGAGAAUGCAUAUACUGCUGCUUGUAUUGCUGUAAAUUCUCGCUUUAAUUUGAACUUGAACAAUCAAAAAGUUGUUAAUCGCCUAAAAACAAUUAAGAAAAGGUACAAGGUAAUAAGGGAUAUGCUAAGUCAAGAUGGAUUCAGGUGGAACCCCAGCACAAAGAUGAUUGAAUGUGAUAGCGACGAUCUUUGGAAGAGAUACAUUGCGGCACAUCCUGAUGCAAAAGGAGUUCGAGGAAAGCAGAUUGAGAUGUAUGAUGAACUAAAAAUUGUUUGUGGAAAUUACCAAGCCCCCAGUCGUUGGGCUAAGAUGAAAGAUGGAGGUCAUCUGGCAAAGAAUUUUGAAGAAGAUUCUCCUUCCUUCCUAUCACAAAGUUCAGAAGAUGUGAGUGAGACUGAUGGAACAGAAUCUUAUACGGGACCGCCAGAUUGUAUACCAGAUGGUAGUCAAGAACCUCCUCUCAUCCAGCCUAUCAGACAACUCCCCAAACGUGUCCGUGGAUCAGAAGCUCUUCAAGAUGCAAUGUUGGCAGUGGCAUCGAGUAUUCGACGUCUGGCUGAUGCAAUGGAGCACAACAAAGUUACAGUCGAUUCAUCAGAACUACUACAGGCUGUGAUGGAGAUUGAUGGCUUAGAAGAGGCUAAACAAAUGUAUGCUUUUGAAUAUCUGAAUGCUGACCCCAUUAAAGCCAGAGCCUUUAUGACGUAUAAUACCCGAAUGAGGAAGAUAUAUUUAUUUCGACAAUUUUGGUGGUGGAAGUGACACGUUGCAUACAUACUUUGCAAAUUUAAGAAAGAAUUAUUUGAUGAAUGUUUGCACAUUAAACCUUAAUUGAUGUUUGGAGGUGAAUGUACAGAUACUAGAUGAUUUCAGGAUGAAAGUUUAGAGCUAGAAGCUGGUAUUGUAGAGACAUUGACCAGCCUCUUUGCCGUGUCUUUUUGAAGUGAAGCUAGCGCUUUGUUGUAAGAUCAUCACUUCUUGCUUUGUCCUUUUAAAGAGGUAAGGUGUUGCUCUUUGAUCUCUUAGUUUUGAACACAUCUGCUGAAAUUCCAUCGCGUGGCCCUCCCAUGGAAUUUAAUGUUCUAGUUGGUUGCCAUCAAAUACGUCAAGUUAAUGUCAACUGUUUAUUACUCUGCAAUCAUUACUUUCAUCAGUGAUAAGUUUUUGGGUAGUCUAUUUGUCAA